GCAUUCGAGACUGAAAUGACGUGGCUCAGUACGAGUGUGACGUUUCUUUGAUGGUUGACGCCCUCCCGCAGGGCUUCCACGUACCCAAGCCAUCCCCGGACCUGUCUCACGUGUCGUACCGGCUUAGUCGGCACUCCGCCAACGUGAGCGCCAUGCCAUCGCCGUCUGGCGGCUACCCCGCCCUCUCCCACCCCCACACGGAGCACCAUCCCCACGACGCCGCCUUCAGGGCCGCUGCCGGGGACAGUGGUGUCAAUCUUGCGCCGCCGGACGGUCACUGGUCGAUAGAGGUGGACAUGGUGGUGUCUGCUCGGUUUCAGCACAGAGAUUUCGAAGAGGCAGGUACGACUGACACCAAGAUGGCACAGGCAGACACAAGGCUUGGCUUGUGUGUCACUGCUUGUGCGUGUGGAUGUCCAUGUGUGUGUGUGUGUGUGCAGUGGUGUUGGACAAGCGUCUGAAGCCGGGUCACCGCCACACGUACGAGUACUACGUGCACUACAAGAAGCACAACAGGCGGCUCGACACGUGGCUGACGGCGAAGCACAUCCGCCCGCGCCUUGGCUACCAGGGAACGCCUUCGGUGCGCACAGACGCCGACAGCGACCUGCCCGAGCCCGCCCGGCCUAACAAGAAGAAGAGCGAGAAGAAGCACAAUGGCAAGCGGAAGCUCGACGCACUCUCGGUACAGAGCGAUGGUGCCGAGAGCUCCGAGCACGAGGGCAUGGACCGGGCGGCGCUGCAGCAGCACGAGCAGGCCACUCGCGUCAAGACCAUCACCCGCAUCCAGUUCGGCAAGUACCUCAUGGACACCUGGUACUUCUCGCCCUUCCCGCCUGAGUACCAGAAGCCCCCCGCCAACCAUGGCAGCGGCCAGCAGCAACAGCAGCAGCAGCAGCAUGCCCAGCCUUGCCACCCCCACCACUCAGGGCAGUGUUGCGGCACUUCGUCGUCGAGUCCGUCGAAGUGCCGUCGCGUGUUGUCUGGUGACAUGGGGGGCCAUGAGGGGGAGCACACGUUGUAUUUCUGCGAGUUCUGCCUGAGCUUCUAUCGGUACCAGUCGGAGCUGCAGAGGCACUCACGGUACUGCUCGCUCAGGCACCCACCUGGCGACGAGAUCUAUCGCAAGGACAAGUGAGUCGGGCAGGCAGACCCACACAGACACAGACACACACGCAGUGGUCGACCGCCAUUCUCUCUCUCUCUCUCUCUCUGUGUGUGUGUGUGUGUGUCAGCUUGAGCGUGUUUGAGGUUGACGGCUACCUGGCUAAGGUGUAUUGCGAGAACCUCUGCUACCUGGCCAAGCUGUUCCUGGACCACAAGACGCUCCAGUACGACGUGGAGCCGUUCCUCUUCUACGUCCUCUGCGAGGUGAGCGAGGGACACAGCCCAGCCGCACGUGUGGCUGGCGCCUCAAUGAUGUCGGUUCUGUUAUCGUCCGUCCAUGGGUCCGCGUGAAUGAAUCGAUCAGUAUGAGGAGGGCGUGGGGUAUCACCUGGUGGGGUAUUUUUCAAAGGAGAAGCGCUCGGCACAGGACUACAAUGUCGCCUGUAUCCUCACGCUGCCCCAGGUACCACCACACACACACACACACACACGAAUGGAUGGAUGGAUGGAUGGAUGUGGAUGUGUGUGUGCAGCACCAGCGGAAGGGCUACGGGAAGUUCCUGAUCCAGUUCUCGUACGAGCUGAAUCUGCUCGAGAACAAGACGGGCAGCCCCGAGAAGCCCCUCAGUGACCUCGGCAAGGCGUCCUACAGGGCCUACUGGACGCAGGUGCUCCUGCCCAUCAUCGACAAGGCAGACAACAGCAUCUCUAUAGAGGUCGGUGGGCUUAGGUGGGCGGGGGGUGGUGGGAGGCGGCAGAGAGGGGUGGAUGUGAUUGGGUGUGUCGGUGGUCUGUGUGUGUGUACGUGUGUGUGAGUGCAGGAGUUGAGCAGGCAGACGGCCAUCAAGGCAGAGGACAUUGAGAAGACACUCAAGCAGAUAGGAGUGCUCAAGUGCGUGAGCUGAGCAAGACAGACAGGCAGACAGACAAGGGCAUGACCGCACUUACUUAGCUGUGUUGACUUGACGUACCCAUGAUCUAUGUAUUGUGCAGGUACUUCCAUGGCCAGUACAUCCUGACUCUAGGACCAGGCACCAUGGAGCGGCUCCUCAGGUACCUGAGGCAGGCACCACACCAUUCCAACCACAUGCUCACAUCUGAUCUGCCCACCUUCACUGUCCUGUCUGCCUGUGUGUAUUUCCUUGGUUGGUUGCUAACAGGGAGGCUGGGAAGCCCGGCGUGCCAGUGGACCGCUCCGCCCUGCACUGGACGCCCUGGUACUUCGCCCCGCCAAAGGAGAUCACCCCUGACGGCAACACACUCAGGCGGUCACCCUCGCCAUCUCCCAGCGGCGGCAAGGAGUGAACGGACUGGACGGAUGCUAAGUGGAAGACUGAAUGAGAGGAACCAAGGCUCUCAUCAAGGCAGCCAGCGUGCGGUCCAUGUAGAGGGAAGGAGGAGGCAGGGCGGGGCGGACGGCUGCCUUUUUGUGGCAGACACCUGUGUUGCGGUGGG